AUGCACUACCACCCCCACGCCUUCGCCCUCAACCCCGCCCUGCCCACCCUUAUCCCACGAGUACCCGGGGUCAUCUUCAGUCACCACCAAGGCCUCUCUCAGACAGACAUUGAGCGCGUCAAUCGCCUGUAUCAGUGUGAACGUGUCCAGCCCCUACCAACAACUACAUCAACACCGGCCCCCACGCCCGCUCCCAAGCCCGCUCCCACUCCUAAGCCAAGGCCUCAGGAAUGCGUCGACAACCACAAGUUGUGUUGGAACUGGGCCCAGAAGGGCAGGUGUACCAGCAGCGCCUUCGUCUCUACCACCUGCAAGAAAUCUUGCGGGACUUGCCCUGGGCGGGUGGUGUGUGUGGACAAACACAAGGACUGUGGGUGGUGGGCGGGCCGCGGCGAGUGUGUCAAACGCCCCGACUACAUGAGCAGCAGAUGCCGCUUCUCUUGUGGUUUCUGCAGCGCCUAG